AAGGGGGUAGACUGGCUGGCCCCGAUGACAUCAUCACUGUGCGCCGCGGACUACGUCUACUCCCACCUUUCCUGGCCGCCCUGCUGCGGUACAGGAACCCGGAAGGGCCCGGUUCAUAGCUCCGCCUCUGACCCGACCAACGACGGGAGCGCAGGGCAGGCGUGGUGGCUCGCGGAUGGACCUGGUAGUCAGCAAAAGGACAGCAUGGAAGCGACCUGGGGCAGCGUCAACGCUGAACGGCGCUGGUACGUCUCGGCCCAGCAGCCCGAAGAGACAGAAGCGGAAGAGUCGAGCCCGUUGCUAAGCAACGAACUUAACAGACAGGGAUCCCCAGGUGUUUCAUUUGGUUUCUCAGUAUUUAAUCUGAUGAAUGCCAUCAUGGGAAGUGGCAUCCUUGGCUUAGCUUACGUUAUGGCUAACACCGGUAUCCUUGGAUUUAGCUUCUUGCUGCUGUUAGUUGCUUUCCUGGCCUCUUACUCAGUCCAUCUCCUGCUUAGUAUGUGUAUUCAGACAGCUGUAACAUCUUAUGAAGAUCUUGGACUCUUUGCAUUUGGAUUACCUGGAAAGGUGGUGGUGGCAGGCACUAUAAUAAUUCAGAAUAUUGGAGCUAUGUCAUCUUAUCUUUUAAUUAUUAAAACAGAGCUUCCUGCUACUAUUUCAGAGUUUUUGAAGGGAGACUACAGUGGGUCUUGGUAUCUUGAUGGACAAACACUGCUACUAAUCGUUUGUGUUGGUAUCGUGUUCCCUCUCGCACUUCUUCCUCAAAUAGGCUUUCUUGGCUACACAAGUAGUUUAUCAUUUUUCUUUAUGGUGUUCUUUGCCCUUGUGGUAAUAGUCAAAAAAUGGUCCAUCCCAUGUCCUUUGACAUUAAAUUAUGUAAAGGAAUACUCCCAGAUUUCAAAUGCUACAGAUGAUUGUAAACCAAAGUUCUUUCAUUUCUCCAAAGAGAGUGUUUAUGCUAUACCAACCAUGGCUUUUUCAUUUCUCUGCCAUACCUCAAUAUUGCCCAUAUACUGUGAACUUCAAAGCCCUUCAAAGAAAAGAAUGCAGAAUGUAACUAAUACAGCAAUUGCUUUAAGUUUUCUCAUUUAUUUUAUAUCUGCACUUUUUGGGUACCUCACUUUUUACGACAAAGUGGAGUCAGAAUUACUGCAAGGUUAUACUAAAUACUUGCCACAUGAUGUUGUUGUCAUGACUGUGAAGUUAUGCAUACUAUUCGCUGUGCUUUUGACAGUCCCACUAAUCCACUUCCCUGCCAGAAAAGCUUUAAUGAUGAUGUUUUUCUCCAAUUUUCCGUUUUCAUGGAUUCGCCAUUUUUUGAUCACUUUAGCACUCAAUAUCAUUAUUGUUUUACUUGCAUUAUAUGUUCCUGACAUUAGAAAUGUAUUUGGUGUGGUUGGUGCCAGCACAUCAACGUGUUUGAUUUUUGUAUUUCCUGGACUAUUUUAUCUCAAACUUAGCAGAGAAGAUUUUCUCUCAUGCAAAAAGCUUGGAGCUUUUAUUUUGCUCAUCUCUGGGAUUUUGGUUGGAAAUUUUAGUUUGGCGCUCAUCAUUUUUGACUGGAUUAAUAAAUAAAAGAAAUAUUUUUCCUACUUCUUAUGAAGAAUUAUUUACCUCCAUAUGCAAGAAGGAAUAAUUCUGGAAGGCACCUUGGAUUAAAAAAUAAGAUUUCUAUGAAAAUUAUUAACAGAAAAUCAGAACAAAAUGGCAGCAGUUAGAGGAAAGUAGGAGUAUAGUAGUUUUAAUCAACAUGAGAGACAAACUCAAAAAGCUCUUUAGUAUAUUAGUAUUUGUUUUGGUUUUGGUUUCAUUAAUGGACUUUAUUGUUAGGGUGGUUUUUAGUUGACAAAAAUAUUAAACAAAAAUACAGAGUUCCAUAUACUCCCUCACCCCCAGGCACCCACAGUUUCUAACAUCGUGUGUUGGUGUGGUGCAUUUGUUCUACUCAGUGAACCAACGUUGGUACAUUCUAGUUAACUAUUAAGUCCAUAGUUUAUACUAGGAUUCAUUAUUUGCAGUCAUAGAUCUUUUUAUUUUUUUCUAUAGUUUGGUCUUUUCUAGAAUGCCAUAUGGUUUGAGAUCACAUACAGGUUGAGUAUACUUUAUUCAAAAUGCUUGAGAUUGGAAGUGUCCCAGAUUUUUAAAAAUUUUUACAAUGUAUGCUUAUACAUUAUAAUGAGAUAUAUUGGGGAUGGAACCCAAGUCUAAACAUGAAAUUCAUUUGUGUUUUAUAUACAUUUUAUACACAGACUGACAAUGGUUUUAUACAAUCUAUUUGUGUUGCAUUUGGGCUGUAAAUUGUCACAUGAGGUCAGGUGUAAAAUUUUCUAGCUGUGGAGUCUUUUUGGCCCUCAGAAAAUUUCUAACUUUGGAGAAUUUUGAAUUUGGGGUUUCCUUUUCUUUUUUUGUCUCUCUUUCUUUCUUCU